CUUCCUCUCUAAGUCAUCAAGUUGAACCUUCCAAAUAACAUAAAUUUAAGAGAGAGAGAGAGAAAAAAAUUGAGAGAGGGAGAGAGAAAGAGUCUCUUGAGCGACUAUAUAGGGCUAAACUUUUCUAUAACCUGCAAGGCUGUAAACAGAGGCCAAAGGCUAAGAGAGAAAAAAAAAUGUACGCCACAAGGCUACUUUCCGUCUUCAAGGACUCUCCCGAUGCUGCCCUCCAGUCGCCACCUGAAGGUCCGAACUCAGGUUAUCUUGUUCUCCAGGAUGAAGGACCGGAUGUAGCCGAGCCAACAUGCUGUUGGGGCCUAUGCAAAGAUACACGAGUCCGGGAUCUCCCAUUCCCCCAGAACAGGAUCCUCACCAUCGAAUACACACAGCCAAAUGGACAGAGCUCUGCCACCUACACUGAAGUAGUUAUCUUUGUCCCGGUUAUGGAUCAACCACUCUCAUCAAAUCGCUACUAUGUCAUCCUUGUUAAAGGAAAGCAUAAGGGGAAAGCGUUAACAUGUUCGAAAGAGGAGGAUAAGACAACAUGCUGCUUCUGCCGAUGUGUAAAGGAUUUGAAACCAAGGCCUUUUGAUCAUACGAACAUCUACCAACAGAUGGAGAUCGUGGGAAAGAAAGGUUGCUUCACUGCUAAGUCCAUAGCUUCUGAUGGCUACCCUCCCUGGUUGCUGAGGACAAGGUAUUGGAGGGUCUAUGCUUCGAAGCCUAAGAAUUAUAGCUUAAGUGAGGCUUCUGGAAGAAACAAAUCCCUGCAUGCACGCCUGUCCGAAUUGGACUUCCCAAUAUCUGCCAUGAAUUCUCCUAAGGUAGGUGUUGGGAAGUGGUACAUUCCUUUUGUGUUUGUGAAGGAAAAGGCGAGCUUCGAAGAACAAAUGAACCUUUCUAUGCUCUAUGAGAUGACUCUAGACCAAUUCUGGGAAGAGGUAUACACACGCGAGAAUUCGCAUGGCAAAGGGAAGGUUGUGGAAGUGAAUUCUAGUAUUCGGGCGGAAAUGGUUUUCUUGAAUGGUAGGGAAGCCAAACAAGAUGUUGAAAGGAGUGUUGAUGGAUUUCUGUGGUUUAAGCCCCUUGACUCGAUGGAAGAAGGGAUAGGGUUGAGUUCGGCAAUAUGGGAAAGGAUGAGAUGGGAGGAGAACAGGGGAGGAUGGGUUGCUGGUGAAGAGAAGGUAGAGAGGGUGGAGGAAUAUGGAGGGGGAAAUGGGUGGAGGAAGUUUAGUUGUUAUGUGUUGGUGGAGAGGUUUGCUAUGAAGAGGAUGGAUGGGAGCUUGGCCUUGAUCUUUGAUUUCAGACAUACCAAGAAAAUUAGGACUAAGUGGGAGUGAGUCUUGUAUGAUCCCUCACAAUCCAGGCCUAUUUCCUGAGGAUUCAUGGUUUCUACUAUUAGAGCUAUUUCUUCUUUGUUUCUAUAUAUGCUAGGGAUUGUUUAACAAUAUGAACCGGUUGCUCUGGUGUUUGGUGUUUCAAUUAUAUGUAAAAAUGAUCUGGCUUGCUGUUGUGUUAUCCGUACUCAAAGGUAUAAUGGAUGGUGGUUUGAUCAAUACUACCUGGUUGUAUUGCUUCGCUUACUAA